CUUUAAAAACAACCACCAGCCAAUAGUUCUCUGUCUGAUGUUCCAGGACUUGUGAUGAUGGAUAAAACCAGGACAGGAGUCUGGCUCCUACACAGCACCCCACGGUUCCCUUUCAAAAGAGAUAAUAACUUCUACCCAUCCACUGGAGAAGCGAAGGCUCAGACCUUCAUCUGUGUAACAUUCAAGUACGCCGAGUUCCAAAAGAUAGGUGAUCAUCUGCUGGACAUCGCAGCGUUCCCGUUUGAUAGUCAUGUUCCAGCUGACUUCCACGAUCAGCUUAAAAAGGCUGCAAUAAAAGAAUGGAACGACAGAAAACCAGGGCAGAAAAUCCAGGAUCUGAAAUCAGAUGCAGGAACACAGUUUCGUAGCAUUGCUAAGAAGCUGUAUAAACUAGAACCUACUGGAGGAGGAAAAUCAAGGCGUCGAAGAGCCCCCCCCACAGCCAAAGGUGGACCUUCUGCAGCUAAGCUGAAGGCACUUAACGACCCAAACCGAUUUGAAGGAGAUCUUUACCUCACCAUCGCAAAGACCUACGACACCGACGUGAGGGUCCAGACCUGGGGCUGCCAGAGUGGCCGUGAUGGUUCCUACUGCGAGAAAAAUCAACGGCAUGUGAUCAAAGUUACAGAAGUAAAAGCUGAUCUGGGUGGCGGGGAGGUCCAGUGGAAGACUACAGUGGACCAUUCCAAGUGGUGUAUCUCUGAGACCAAGGAUCUGAUCUGCAUCGCUGAUGUGAACAGAGGACUCAAACAGUACGAACGGCCGGGGGGGGCGCUGUGCUUUAUCCAUAAAGAGGCAAGUCUACUAUUUCAAGGUGUCAUUGCUAUAUCUGAGGAGUGCCCAAGUUCACCCUCGGGCGCUGGAUCUAAGCAUCCCCAUUCCCCUGACCCCAACCCCAACCCUGACUGUACCGCUGAGCCUAUGGAAGAUGAGUGAUAGCGUACAUUAACUAUGCUGGUUACACACACAGGGACAAACACUAUGCUGGUUACACACUAAGGGACACACACUAUGCUGGUUACACACACAGGGACAAACACUAUGCUGGUUACACACACAGGGACACACACUAUGCUGGUUACACACACAGGGACACACACUAUGCUGGUUACACACCCAGGGACAAACACUAUGCUGGUUACACACCCAGGGACAAACACUAUGCUGGUUACACACCCAGGGACAAACACUAUGCUGGUUACACACACAGGGACACACACUAUGCUGGUUACACACACAGGGACACACACUAUGCUGGUUACACACACAGGGACACACACUAUGCUGGUUACACACACAGGGACACACACUAUGCUGGUUACACACACAGGGACACACACUAUGCUGGUUACACACACAGGGACACACACUAUGCUGGUUACACACUAAGGGACACACACUAUGCUGGUUACACACACAGGGACACACAUUUUAUCUUUAAUAUAUAAUAAUUUACAUUUUAACUAUAAAACAAAAAGUGUGUAAAAACAUUAGAAACAAUUGACGAAAAAAGCUUUUAUUUUGAAAAGAGACAUAAGAAAUGUGUAUUUGUGUAAUUUGAAAGUAGGUAUCUGAAAUAUUGAUCAUCUGAAUGUAUUUGUCAAUACAUUUAUUAAUAAAAUGAAUC